AUGUAUAAAUCAUUUUCAUUCUUUCUUUCUUUUAUUCUAUUUCUUUCAUUCUAUUUCUUUGUUUCGUUUUUCAUUCUUCAGCAUUCACAUUUUUUCUUUAUUUUGUUCGUCGAUAUUCUCAUUGUCUUAGUCAUUAUCAUUCUUUCUCUUUGUUUUCUUCAUCAUUCCUAUUCUUUCUUACUGUUUUUCUUUCUUUUUCUACUGUUACUUUCCCUUUAUUUUAAUUCUUGCUACUUUCUUUCUUACUUUCUUUCUUUUUCUUUUUUUCUUUGUAUUCCUAUGCAGCAUUUUAUGUCGAUCUUCUCUUUUCUUAUUUUUUUUAUUUUCUUCCUUUUCCUAUUUUCUUCGUGUUUUUUACUUCUUUUUUCUUCUUCUUUCCUUUCCUUUCUUUGUUAUUAUGUUCCCUUUUUCUUUACUUAUUUUAUUCAUCUAUCUAUCUAUCUAUCUAUCUAUUUACCUAUCUAUCUAUGUAUCUAUUCAGGCUCACGGCCACUUGAUCUAUCUAUCUAUCUAUCUAUCUAUCUAUCUAUCUAUCUAUCUAUCUAUCUAUCUAUCUAUCUAUCUAUCCCAACCAAUUCAGGCUCACGGCAUUAUUACGUUCUGUUAAAAAAUUUAUCUAUCUAUCUAUCUAUCUAUCUAUCUAUCUAUCUAUCUAUCUAUCUCUACACUCCGGCGUCUUGCAGGAAACAACUGGAACAACCUGUGCUGGUGAAUCUUCGUGAUAGAGAACGGUGA